AUGUCCGUCCAAGACCAAGUCUCCCUCGACAACUUCAGCAACAUCUUCUCCCUCGAUGGCAAAGUCGCCGUCGUAACGGGCGGAUCCCGCGGUCUGGGCUUGCACGCUGCGAGCGGCCUCCUCCAAGCAGGCUGCUCCAAAGUCUACAUCACCAGCCGCAAAGCCUCCGCCUGCAACGAAGCCGUCGCCGCCCUAAACGCCCUCCCGGGUAAACGACCCGGCGCGCAAGCCAUCGCCGUCCCGGCUGACAACUCGCGCAUUGACGAGCUCGAGCGGCUCGUCGCUGAGGUGCGCAAGACCACCGACCGCGUCGAUAUCCUCUUCGCCAAUGCCGGCGCUACCUGGGGCGAGAAGUUCGAUUCGCAUCCCCCGGAGGCGUUCAGCAAGGUUAUGGAUUUGAAUGUGAAGAGUGUUUAUUAUCUGAUUCAGAAGUUCACCCCCCUCCUCGAACCCCACGCGACAGUCGCCGAGCCCUCCCGCGUAAUCGUCACCGGCUCGGUGGCCGGCAUCUCGCUGGGCAGUCUCGGCCCCAACGCCGCCUUCGGAUACAGCGCCUCCAAAGCAGCCGUCAUGCACUUGACCCGCAAUCUGGCCGUCGAGCUGGGCCCCCGCGGCAUCCUCUGCAAUGCCAUCGCGCCGGGCUUCUUCCCCUCCAAGAUGGCCAGCGGGCUGAUUGAGAAGGCCGGCGGCGUCAAGUCUAUGGAGGACCAUAGCCCCAACCGUCGGCUGGGCAAGCCGGAGGAUAUUGCGGGCCUGGUGGUGUUUUUGGCGAGUCGGGCCGCGAGUCAUUUGAAUGGGGCGGUGGUUACUACUGAUGGGGGAAGUCAUUUGAAGGGGAAGCUCUAGU